AACGCCACCAACAUUAACGUCAUAUUACUUAUCUUGAUUGGUUCUCAUGGCUGAUAUCGUGAAACAGAUUUUAGUGAGACCUAUUCAAUUAGCGGAUCAGAUAACCAAAGCCGCCGACGAGGCUUACUCCUUCCGACAAGAAUGUCUAGAGGUCAAAGCCAAGACCGAAAAGCUCGCCGGUCUCCUCCGUCAAGCGGCGCGUGCAAGCAACGACCUCUACGAACGUCCCACGCGCCGCAUCAUCGACGACACGGAGCAAGUCCUCUUCAAAGCCAUAGCCCUCGUCGAGAAAUGCCGCGCCACGGGGCUGAUGAAACGCCUCUUCACCAUCAUCCCCGCCGCCGCGUUUAGGAAGAUCACGAUGCAGUUAGAGAAUUCGCUCGGAGACGUCUCUUGGCUCCUCCGCGUCUCCGCCUCGGGGGACGACCGUGACGACGAGUACUUAGGUGGUCUCCCUCCUAUCGCUGCAAACGAACCUAUCCUCUGUUUGAUAUGGGAGCAAGUCGCUAUCCUCUUCACAGGCUCCCUCGACGACCGUUCCGACGCGGCGGCUUCCCUCGUGUCGCUCGCACGUGACAAUGAUCGAUACGGGAGGUUGAUUAUUGAAGAAGGUGGGGUGCCUCCGUUGUUGAAACUUGCUAAAGAAGGGAAACUUGAAGGGCAAGAAAACGCGGCUCGGGCCAUUGGUUUAUUAGGGCGAGACCCUGAGAGCGUCGAGCAGAUCGUUAACUCAGGUGUGUGUCAAGUCUUUGCGAAGAUUCUCAAAGAAGGUCAUAUGAAGGUUCAGACCGUUGUUGCAUGGGCUGUGUCGGAACUAGCAUCUAAUCAUCCCAAAUGUCAAGACCAUUUCGCUCAGAACAACAUCAUACGCUUCCUCGUGAGCCAUCUCGCUUUCGAGACGGUUCAAGAGCAUAGCAAAUACGCUAUCGUGAGUAACAAGCAAAGUCUGUCUUCUAUCCACACGGUUGUGAUGGCUAGCAACACGAACCCGAGUGAUAAGAGCCACGACCAGGACGAGACAAACAGCAAUAUUUCACAUCCUAUGAGUAACCAAACACCGAGCCAGAUGCACAGUUUGGUUGCAAACACGUUUGCAAUAAAGGGUUCGGGUUCUGGUUCGGGUUCGGGUUCGGGUUCGGGUACUAAUAAGAAUCAGACGAAACAAAGUAAUCAACAACACCAGCAUCAUACAAAAGGUGGUCCAACUCCAAGAGGGAACAAUCCAACACAUGUUUCUUUGAUGGGGACAAGCAUUAAAGGAAGAGAGUAUGAGGAUCCAGAAACUAAAGCUCAGAUGAAAGCAAUGGCUGCAAGAGCAUUGUGGCAACUCUCAAGAGGGAAUCUCCAAAUAUGUAGAAGCAUAACAGAAUCAAGAGCAUUGCUCUGUUUCGCGGUUUUGUUAGAGAAAGGAGACGACGAAGUCAAGUCAUAUUCUGCAUUAGCAAUGAUGGAGAUCACUGACGUUGCUGAGCAAUACUCUGAGCUAAGACGGUCUGCCUUCAAACCAACCUCUCCUGCUGCUAAAGCUGUGGUUGAACAGCUACUAAAAGUGAUCGAAAACGAAGUACCGGACCUUCUAAUCCCGUGUGUCAAAUCGAUAGGUAGUCUCUCAAGAACUUUCCGUGCAACGGAGACAAGAAUCAUUGCACCACUUGUGAAGCUUCUUGAUGAAAGAGGAGCUGAGGUUUCAAUGGAAGCAGCCGUGGCGCUUAUCAAGUUCGCAUGUACUGAGAAUUUCUUGCGCGAUAACCACUCUAAGGCCAUCAUAGCAGCAGGAGGUGCAAAGCAUUUGAUUCAGCUGGUGUAUUUUGGAGAACAGAUGGUUCAAGCCCCGGCGUUGGUACUACUAUGUUACAUUGCAUUGAAUGUACCGGACAGUGAGACUCUAGCGCAAGAAGAGGUCCUUGUUGUGCUUGAAUGGUCGACAAAGCAAUCUCAUUUGGUUGAAGCACCGACCAUUGAUGAGAUUUUGCCAGAGGCAAAGAGUAGAUUGGAGCUUUAUCAAUCUAGAGGGUCAAGAGGAUUUCAUUGAUGAGCUUCACUCUCUAGUAUGAACACUCUCUUUUUUUGUUUUCUUCUUUGAUGUGUUCUAUUUGUCUUCUCCAUUGUUUGAUGAUACUCUUUGUAUAUACAUUGGUGAUGCUCAUAGACAUUGUUUUAAGUGUAUAGAAUGUGUUGUAAGUCAAAACUAUAUAUUUAUUUUAGGUUAUUAUAUAUAGGAUAGUCUCAUGUGUCAUGUGGAUUUCAAUUUUGUCAGGCUAAUUUCAUAGUAUUUUGUUUGUAAAUACAUGGAUUAUGACCUUUCUGCCAUUGUUGAAGAGUGUCUAGCCUUUUUGGUUGCACAUGUUCUGACCUCUGUAUAGGCAUUUCAAAGCUUGUCUACAAGUCAGACUGUCAAGAACUCAUUCACCUUUUUCAGAGAAUAGGUCAAAUGAUGUUCACCGGAUCUAUUCGCUAUUCGAUCAUUUAUCUUGGUUGUUGAUGAUUUGUAUCUUCAUCUUGUAUUUCAUUUGGCAUGUUAUAUGGUUCUUGUGGUGGCUGGUUAUGCCUUUUUAUCUUGUAGUAUUUCCUCCUCUAAUGGAGUUUGAAACUACAAAUGAAUGGAAGUAUGGUUUGUCCAAAAAAAAUACAUGGUUUAUGUUUUCCAAUUUUUAUUGUUCCAUUUUCUAAGUACAUUAAUUGGAUAGUUUACAAACAAGACGUGUGAUUAACAGAGAAAGUGCAUAAAAAAAGUAAACAACAAUUGUGAAAACAUUGCUAUAAGUCUCUUUAGACUGACUUAUAUUGUAAUCAUGUUUUUGGUUUAGGCGUUUAGGUUCGUUUCAUUGACCAAAAACUAAGGACCUGAACUUGUGAUUAUACAUAAAACAUACUGUUAAGUGUUAAACUUUAAUUUUUGGACAACUUUAAAAAAAAACAGAUACAAACAGAAAGUAAUCGUGAAAAUAUAAAACUGAUUUCCUAUUAUCUGAAAUUUUGAACCAUACAACUGGUUUUUACACAAACACUUCGAAAGUGAAAGUGUACAAACAUCCCAUCCAAU